CAUUCCAGAAGUCUCUAGGGAACCAGUGGGAAUUAUCCAACGGUGCAAACCCGGACGUCCCGAUAUCUCCAUCGAUGUUGACGAAUUUUCGCCGAUAUUUAAACAGAGAAACCUGAUUUGGAGAACAAUCGAGCGUUCGACCUGGGUUUGUUCUUCAACCUAGCAGUACCAACUACCUACCUUGACUCUUCACUCUUCAGAGCUUUUCCUUCUUUAUCUCCUCGUUUUGCCCCUCUUCUACCUUAUCCAUGGCGUCUGCUUUCAUUACAGUAGCAAAGCCUUUCUCUUUGAACAAAACCAUUCCUUCUUUCUCCAACCAGAGGUCCCCAGGUUUGCGGAAGGGUGCUUUGAGAAUUAAUGCAGUGACCACGAAAUGGGAACCCACAAAGGUUGUUCCACAAGCUGAUAGAGUUUUGAUUCGUCUAGAGGAUUUGCCUGAGAAAUCAGCUGGUGGAGUGUUGUUGCCUAAAUCAGCCGUCAAGUUUGAGCGCUAUCUAAUGGGUGAGGUUUUAUCUGUUGGUACUGAAGUGAGCAAUGUGGAGGCUGGGAAAAAGGUUCUUCUAUCAGACAUUAAUGCAUAUGAGGUGGAUUUGGGAACGGAUUCAAGGCAUUGCUUUUGUCGAGCAGGUGAACUGCUGGCUGUAGUUGAGUAGAAUCGAGAGUUUUUCGAGGGAUUCACGGAAGCAUGGCAGUUCUCUCCUAAUGAGGAUAGGUAUUUGCAGACUAUUGAAUUGAGAAGAGUUUUUACCUACUAUGUUUAUCUUCUAUCUUAGCUUUCUUAACUCUGCAAGCAUUAAUAGUUUUAUUUGAUUUCAGCUAGUGUUUUACCUUCCGAGUAGUGUAGCACUCAUGUGGAACCUUUGUUGCUUGUAAUCUAAUACUUCCCAAUGUGUUAAGUUCCAUUAUUGAAAUGCCAUUCUCCUUAUGGUGGAUCA